AAAUCGCACAACCUAAGAUUUGUUAAAAAAAAAAAAAAAAGAGAGAGAAAAUAAAAAUAAAAAUAGAAAGCCAUGGAUAAUACUUCAUCACCAAACUUUGAGUUACCAGGGUUUAGAUUUCAUCCUACCGAAGAAGAAUUACUAGAUUUUUACCUUAAAAACAUGGUUAAUGGCAGAAAAAUGCAUCAUGAUAUUAUUGGAUAUCUUAAUAUUUAUCGUUUUGAUCCUUCGGAUUUACCAGGGCUGGCGAAAAUAGGAGAAAGAGAAUGGUAUUUCUUUGUUCCGAGAGACAGAAAGCAGAGCAAUGGAGGAAGACCUAACAGAACCACUGAACAUGGGUUUUGGAAGGCCACGGGUUCGGAUCGAAAAAUUGUAAGCUUGUCGGAGCCUAAACGGGUUAUCGGGUUAAGGAAGACUCUUGUAUUCUACCAAGGUAGAGCUCCAAGAGGUACCAAGACUGAUUGGAUUAUGAAUGAAUAUCGCCUUCCUGAUAAUUAUACUAUACAAAAGGACAUUGUAUUGUGCAAGAUAUACAGAAAGGCAACAUCAUUAAAAGAAUUAGAGCUAAGAGCAGCCAAGGAAGAAGAGAAGUCAACAAAUGCAUCUUAUCCUACGUCUCCUCUAUCAUCAUCAAAUGAGACUCAGUCUUUUAUUGAUAAUUCUCAAUUACAAGCUUUUUUUCCACCAAUUUCUACAAAUAAUAUGAUAUUUCCCACUUUGAAGAAAGAAGAAAAUUAUGUGGAACCCACUAAUUUCAAUACUAUGCCUCAAACAAUUGCUUCCAAUACUAUACAAACACCUUUCGGAAAAGAGAGCUUACAACUUCAAGUUCCUAAGUCGGGCAUGAGUACGGGUAUGGAAUGGGGCCAAGACCCAUUGUUCUCAUUAUCUUGUACUAGUCCAUGGUUAGAAAAUUUGUUGAAUUUAUCUAGCCCAAGUUUAAUUUCUCAAAUAUUCUAGAUACUAGACUAGAUGUGAAUAAAUUGUUCUUUUUGGCUUAUUUUGAACUUGAUGUGAAUGAAUAGAAGUAACAAUUAGCUAUUAUAAGUGAGUUCUUUGGUUUGUUUUUUUUUUUUUGCCAUAGUCCUCCCUUCAUUUUUAUUUCAAUAAGGUUUUGAAAGUUUUUGGGGGAUGAGAUGGUGGUUUGUUGGUACCUAGAAGCCUAGGAUAGAGUUCUCACAAACAAAGAAUUUGGUAAUAAGAAAAUUAUGUUUUAGUUA